AAUUUCCUUGGGGUUAUUUUCGAGAGUGAAAACGAUGGAAAUGGCAUACAGAAAAUAUUACAGGAACUCCAUGGUUAUGUUCCGUUCAUUGGCGAUGGAGAAGAACGAAGAUACUCAAGUCAGGCAAUCGUUGGAGAUCAGCUGACAGUUGAGAGAGCAGUGAAUGCUCACAUGACACUCAUCAAUGGUUUCACCCCAGAAGAACGCUUAGAUGGAAUUCACUGCGAGAUUGCAGAUUGGGUUGCUGGAAACAAAGCACUUGGAGUAAGAAUACACUCGAAUUAAGGGUGGCAUUAUAUUUUUAUUAACAUUUUCACUGUAUGAAGUGAGUCACAAUACUCUGAAUUCUAGAAGGGCAAUUCAUUUAAAGUUGAUUAAUGACAGAAAUAUAUUCUCUAUCUUGCCUUUCUAUGCAAAAUCAUGUAUCCUUUACGAUCAUUGAUCCAGUUGUAGAACUUUUGUAUGUCAAAGUCAUGCAAUAAAGUUGGCUUGAAAUUAGAAUAGAAGCCAUAACUUCUGCCUGGUAUUUUGGUUAGAGCAUCUUCUGACACAAGUUCUCUGACAAUCUUCGUCAUGUCAGCCUUCUCUGACCUACGCAUAUGUUUACCAGAGCGCUUGUACAACAACAUUGAACUGUCAAAACUUUCCGUUAGCUGUUUCGUUACACCAAUAGCAUGGCAAAUUCUGUUGAUGGACUUUGUACCCAGUGGUUGUAUCUCAUUCCCUUAGCAAAGUUUGUCCCCUAUUGAAAAUUCUAAUCCCAAGUUUUACAGUCAAACCAGAUGUUCUUGUGGAAUCAACAUUGCAAUAUUGUCUCAAAAUCUUUUGUGAAUUUCAACUUGCAAUUUGUUUGUGUCGUUUGCAAAUUGCUCAGAGCAAUCUGCCUAUCAAAAUUGCAUUAUUGUGGGAUAGUAUUGCAAUAUUGCUCACACGAGAGCAUCCGGUUUGACUAUAAACAGUAAGAAUUAAAGUGCCUAUGACACGAAAUCUCACCCCAAAUGUUUAUGGUUGUAUUGUAAAGAUCACUUAAAAUGACUUAAUAACUUCGUUUAUAGAAUUUUGGUAACUUGCUUCCUUCGCAAGAUAUUCAACUUUGUUUCAUAUGCAAAUAUCACCGGUGCGAUAUCACAUCGCAUGACAUUUUGAAAACACAAUAUUUUACCUUGAUAAAAUAUUUUUACAAACAAAUACAGAGGAUUAAUUAGCAGUUACGAAAUGAAUGCAUAUACAAGAGCAAGUUUUUUAGAUACGUAUUCGUCAAGAAAACUAUACUUUUCUGAAAACUCAUUAUGCGAUGUGAUGUCACACCGGUGAUAUUUGCAUAUUUGAAACAAAGUUGAAUAUCUUGCGAAGGGAGCAAGUUACCAAAAUUAUAUAAAAGAAGUUAUUAAGUCAUUUUAAGUGAUCUUUACAAUACAACCAUAAACAUUUGGGGUGAAAUUUCAUGUUACAAUGAAACUAUUGAUGUUAUGUGAGUUUUGUCUUGAUUAAACUGUUAGGAAAUCAAAUACCACCUUGGAGACAAUGAAUAAAAUGAAAAUUAUAAUGUAAUACUGUACAUCAAAUACAGUAGUGUAUUUUCAAUUGGUUAACUUUACAUAAUCAUUCACUACUGUAUUUAUGAUCUUUAAGACUUUAUUUAAUAACAAUAUUUUGAUAUCAAAAACUUAAAUACUUUACUUGUCUUGCAGAUUGCAUUUGCCCACUUCUACAACCCAACAUCAGCUGGAGAUAAGUGCACAUUAUACAGCGACAGAAAUUUAAUAAACCGUCGCAGUGUAAAGAGUGAUGUUGAUGCUGCAGUUAAUCUUUCUAGACGCUUCUUCAUUCUAGAACUAGAGGCACGCAUUGUUGCAGCUAGAAUGAAGGAGCUUGGCAUUAAAGAACUAGAAGAGAUGUCGCAGUGUGUACCGCACCAAUUUGAGAGUUGGACCAAGGCUAAGAAGAAAGAAUACCUGGAGGAGUUAGCAGCAACAAUUGUCGACAAGUAUAUUCUCGAUAAAGCCAAGCACAAAAAGAUUGCCCUUGCCACCAGCCAGCUAGAAGAAAAGCAGUUUCAAAGCCUGAAGGAUAUGACAUCAAGUUGCAGAUAUAAGUGUCGGUUCCCUGGUUGCAACAAGACAUUUAGGUCCGAUGGGAAAUGGCGACAUACUCACGAGCAGUCUCACAAUCCACCAGUCAACAUAGAAGAGCAACCACUGCUGACUGAAAUCCAUGAAGACGUCACAGUAGAUGACAUGUACAAUUACCAGACAUCCCUGCUCGAGUAUGGUAUAGUGAUUCUUAAUUUUUUUGAUGCAAUUUCUGAGGGAGAUGGUGCUAGAGUAAUCAGAAAUUGGAAAUUUCUUUUGUUAUAUUUGCGCCAUGAUGGCCAAAGCAGCAACAAGUAUGCUCUGGAAGCACUAUACAUGAUGUUCCAGAUAUAUGCACUGUUAAGUCCAAAAGCUGCACAUGAUCUAGUUUGGAACAGAUUUUCAUAAAGAAAACAAAAGCUGGGUGGCAAUAUCUCUCUUGAUCUGGCCCUUGAAUUUUUGAACAGAAUUUUCAAAGAUGUUGUCAAAAAACUUGGACCUUAUGCCAGUACAAAGUCCAUCAACAGAAUUUGCCAUGCUAUGGGUGUAACGAAACAGCUAACGGAAAAUUUUGACAGUUCAAUGUUGUUGUACAAGCGCUCUGGUAAACAUAUGCGUAGGUCAGAGAAGGCUGACAUGACGAAGAUUGUCAGAGAACUUGUGUCAGAAGAUGCUCUAACCAAAAUACCAGGCAGAAGUUAUGGCUUCUAUUCUAAUUUCAAGCCAACUUUAUUGCAUGACUUUGACAUACAAAAGUUCUACAACUGGAUCAAUGAUCAUAAAGGAUACAUGAUUUUGCAUAGAAAGGCAAGAUAGAGAAUAUAUUUCUGUCAUUAAUCAACUUUGAAUGUUGCAGUAAAGUUACAACAACACUCAGUAAGGACAUGCUAAAUUCAGGUUUAGGUUGAGCAUGUCUGCCAUUUCUGGCCAGACUUUCGUAUAAUGAUCACUUUUUGACAUCAUUAAUAUAUCAACACCUUUUGACCAUAAUAGAGCCUUCCAGGUUAAGGAUACCAUCUUAAAUUUGACUUUUGUAGGCAUCAAAGAGGCUUUUGUCCCUUUUGAGCUAUGCUGCAUUUGUUAGCAUGCUUUUUGGAUUCAGUGGUGGACAAAAGCUAGAAAACUUUGUUGAAGAGCGCAAGAUUUUAAAAUGUUGUCUGCUGGAAAAGUUGCAUAGUGUUGAGUUAAAGGAGAAAGGAAAAACACCAUCUCCCAAACGGAAAACCUCUGGAUUCACACAGACAACUCCUAGAAAGAACAUUGAACCUGAUAAUCCUCCCGGCACCGUCCUUAUGCUCCUGGUGCCACUCCACUGAGCUCGAAGGAAAAUAUGUCUCCGAUAAAGCAUUUGCUGAAUUCUCCACUUAAAAUUAGCAAAGAAGUUCAGAACUUUUUAAUAAAGAAAGGACCUCCAAUGCUGAACAUAAGUCUGGACGACGAUGGAAAUCUCGGCCACUUAGAAACCGAGUCCGCAUACAGGAAAAUACCUUUUCUCUUAUCUCCAGACGACUUCACCGAGGUAGUAAAGAAGAUUUUCUGGCAGGAUUAUCAUGUUCAGUAGUUGCUGAUCAUGAAAAGACAUUGAUACCAGAAAGCAAGGAAUGGAAUGGGAAGUUUUCGAUUCAGGAUAUGAUUGAUUUAACUAAAUUGAUUCAUUCAAGUAAUGAAGAGACGGUGUAUGACAUUUUGACCAGCAAACAUGCUGCUGAACGACAUUACAUCGCUGCGGAAGAAAUUCUGCAAGUUGAAGAUAACAGCAGUGCUUCAGCUGCCAUAAAUUAUGUGCGAAGAAAGUCCCCAGGAUUGAUUAGCACUUCUUAUGCUGUAGACACUCUGAAGAGCAAAUUAAAAAAGAGUGCGAGGCAGUACUGA